CCCCGCUCUGCCCGCCCCGUCGGCGAGGCGGGCGCUGGCGGUGGGGGCUGCCGGGGCGCCGGGGGCGGCGGGCACCGGGCGCGGGCACAGCUGCGGGCAUCAGCGACGCCGGUGUCGUCGCCGCCGCUGCUGCUGCUGUCGCCGCCGCCACAGCUACCACCGUGCGGAUCCGCGCGUUGUGCCGGAGCUUCUUUCGUCGUUUUACUUUCGCGGCCCGGAGCAGGGACAUUAUGCCGAAGAGAAAGUCUCCAGAGGGUGCUGAAGGCAAGGAUGCAGCAAAAGUAACUAAACAAGAGCCCACAAGACGAUCAGCAAGAUUGUCAGCUAAACCUGCUCCGCCAAAACCUGAGCCCAAACCAAGGAAAACCACAAAGAAGGAACCUGGGACAAAGGCCAACAAAGGUGCUAAAGGGAAGAAGGAUGAAAAGCAAGAAGCUGCAAAGGAAGGUACUACACCAUCUGAAAAUGGUGAAAAUAAAGCUGAAGAGGCUCAGAAAACUGAAUCUGUAGGUGACAAGAAUGAAUGAAAUGUCACGAGAACAAAACACAAAAAA